AUGGCAUAUGAGAUAGGAAUGAUUGCAAAAUUAUGGACGUCAAAAAAAUUUGGAUUAGACUUUUUAGUUAUUUUUUGUGCUUCUUCUAAUGAUGAUUCAGGAGUAAAGGGAAGUGCUUCAAAAUCAACCUUUGCUAUUUAUUUAUGUUCAUGCAUAGUUUACAAUGUUACGUUCAUAAAAGCGUAUUUAGUCGUUGAAAUGAUGGAGGUGAUGUUGAUGUUGUGA